GACAAAUUCAGUUGGCACUCUUGAACUAUCGGGGAUUUGAUGAUGGCCAUUUAUCGGCUUGAGGUGUUCCAAUGACGGAGGCGAUAUGACCUAUCUCCUGGCCAGCUGCGCUCCUGUUCAGCGGCAGAUUGCCGGUGCUGUAGAUGGCCCGAAUGCCUGCACGACUAUGGAAUUUCUGACUGAGGUCUUUGAUUUUAAUAUUUCGCCACAUGGAUUGGCCGAGAACAGGUAUCUGAGGACUUGUGCAAUCGUGAGCAGCCAGGGAGAUAUAAAUUGGAAAACUCGCGGGAGCGCUGUUAAUUCUUCGUACACACCAUAUGGCAACUGCGCUAAGAUGUGUCUUCCGACUUUAACGACGAUCGGUGCUUCUGUACGGGAAAAAUUAAGGUAUUCAGGCAACUAAAUUCGAAUGCAACUGAAAGGAUACAAGCUCAACCACUUAUCUUGUACAACGCAUCCAGCUUGCAGUGAAGUCACUGCCUGCCCUAAAGCCCAACAUGGGCAACGUCCUGCUUGCGGCCAGCAGGCGUAUCCUACCAUGUACAUGGGAAAAUGUAUUACUGAGGCGAA